UAGCGCAGGCUGGUGUACUGCAUGUGUUUGGGGCUUGGUGAUGGAGAGGGCUGGCUUGGGUCCCGCGUCUUGGGUCCCUCUUAUCCCAGGUGGAGAGUUUGGGGGACCUCGUUUUCCUCCCGCCAAUAAGGAACUGCAUUUCCGUGAGGGAGAAGGCCCUCUGUGGUGGGGAGGCGGAGAGGAGCUGGACUCCGCCGAGCUGGGCGGCCUCGCGGCGUCUCGGAAAGGAGGGCGCCGAGGCGCGUCGGGAGAGAGGCCCAGGAGGAUUUGUCGUAAACCUUCGGGAAGGGCAAGGGCAAGGGCACUGCUGUUUCGAGCCCCUUCUCUGGUAGGCGUUCUCACUGGACUUAACCGCUUAACUUUCAGCAGUCUAAAAUGACCGUGAAUGUUUGUUCUGUCAUCACGAUUGUUGGCAAAUAUUUUCAAGAGCUCAUAAGAUACUUGACGCUAUGAAAAGAGGUCCUUUGUGGCAAUUUAUUUGGUCACAGACUUGAGAUUUUCAAGGUACAGGUGAUACCUCUCCUGCUGCACCACAGCUGUUGAUAUUUGUCGCUACUUUUAAAAAAACGCAGUGACGGCUAGGGAAGAGUAAAAAUAAAAGAAUCUGAAAACGUUGAAGAUACAUAUUCAGUCUCCAAACCAGAAGGUCAACACAGUGGAAAUGCACAAUUUUGAGGAUGAGUUAACAUGUCCCAUUUGUUACAGUAUUUUUGAAGAUCCUCGUGUACUACCAUGCUCUCAUACAUUUUGUAGAAAUUGCUUGGAAAAUGUUCUACAGGCAUCUGGUAACUUUUAUAUAUGGAGACCUUUACGCAUUCCACUCAAGUGCCCUAACUGCAGAAGUAUUAUUGAAAUUGCUCCUACUGGUAUUGAAUCUUUACCUGUUAAUUUUGCGUUAAGGGCUAUUAUUGAAAAGUACCAGCAAGAAGACCAUCCAGAUAUUGUCACCUGCCCUGAACAUUACAGGCAGCCGUUAAAUGUUUACUGUCUCCUGGAUAAAAAAUUAGUUUGUGGUCAUUGCCUUACCAUAGGUCAACAUCAUGGUCAUCCUAUAGAUGACCUUCAGAGUGCCUAUAUGAAAGAAAAGGACACGCCUGAAAAACUCCUUGAACAGUUAACUGACACACACUGGACAGAUCUUACUCAUCUUAUUGAAAAGCUGGAAGAACAAAAAUCUCAUUCAGAGAAAAUGGUCCAAGGUGAUAAGGAAGUGGUUCUCCAGUAUUUUAAGGAGCUUAGUGAUACAUUAGAACAGAAAAAAAAAAUUUUCCUAACGGCUCUUUUUGAUGUUGGCAAUCUGAUUAAUCUAGAAUAUACUCCACAAAUUGAAAGAAUGAAAGAAAUAAGAGAGCAGCAGCUUGAAUUAGUGACACUGACAACAUCUUUACAAGAAGAGCCUCCACUUAAAUUUCUUGAAAAAGUUGAUGAUGUCCGUAAACGUGUGCAGGUCUUGAAACAAAGACCACUCCCUGAGGUCCAACCUGUUGAAAUUUAUCCUCGAGUGAGCCAAGUACUGAAAGAAGAAUGGAGCAGAACAGAAAUUGGACAAAUUAAGAAACUUCUUAUUCCUGAAAUGAAAAUUUCUUCAAAAAGGAUGCCAUGUUCCUGGCCUGAUAAGGAGGAAAAAGAAGUUGAAUUUUUUAAGAUUCUAAACAUUGUUAUAGUUACACUAAUUUCAGUGAUGCUGACGCUGAUCCUCUUUUUUAACCAACACAUAAUGACCUUUUUAAAUGAAAUCACUUCAGUAUAUUUUUCUGAAGCCUCUCUAUCUGUUUACCAAAGUGUAUAUAAGAAUGUGCAUGAUUUAAAGAAUACAGUAUGUCACACUUUAUAUUUACUGAAGGAAUUCAUGUGGAAAAUAAUUUGUUGAAAAUUCAAAUCUGAAUUAAGUAGGCUUAUUCUGUACAGCAGAGACUAAUGACCAUUGCUAAAUGGAGCAAUAGGGGUAGCAUGGAUAAAUAAAAUAGCAAGCUAAAGUUUAUUAGAGUUGCAACAAAUAUAAAUAAUCCCUUUCAUGCUUCUGUUGAAUAGAAAAUGUGUCAUCAAAAGUUAGAAAUGAGACAGAAUGUCUCGUUUUCUGAAAGCCAGAACAAAAUCUAAUAAUUGAUUU